GCACAAUAGAAAAUUUAGUGUUGUUAAAUUUAAAUCAAUUGUUAACAUCUGUUGGUUGAAGUCGAAUUAUCUAAUUACUGUUAAUUUCUCUUGAUAUCGUGUAUAGUGAGAUUGAUAAAUGGGAGUCGAAAUGAUCAACUGCUGCGGCUUCAGUUUGAAACACGGGACAAUCAUAAUUGGGGUUGUUCAAAGUAUAUUUAGUUUUAUGUUUCUUGUAUUAGCCGCAGCCUAUGCUGAACACCCUAACGAAUUAAUUGACAUAUCAGAUAUAUCUGUCGGUCCAAGUUUAACUGCGUUGAGGAUUGCUUUAUCGAUUAUUGCUUUAGUCAGUGCGCUUGAGUGCGUAUUUUCAAUUCUACUGAUUUUCGGAGCUGAAACGAAUCGUCCUAAGCUCCUGUUGCCUUGGUUGAUAUCGAAUCCUGUAGUGUUAUUAGCAUAUAUACUGCUCACAUUGAUGGCAAUAAUUCAUCAUACGAGGAGUGCAUUAUUUAUAAUUGGACAUUUAACGUUAGGAUUUUUCGCUACAUUUAUCGCAUCAUUCAAAUUUCUCUGUGUAUGGAGCUUCUACAAGCAUUUGAAGAGCUUGAACUUCUGAUCAAUUAUAUUUAUAAUAAUAUGGAUUUUCUACUUGAAUGAAUAAAAUAUUUCCACUAAUACUAUAGCUUGUAUGUAUCGAUAUAAAUAUUUUUCAACAAAAAUAUAAAUGUUGUGGUGGAUUCAUUAUAGAUAUUUAAAACAGAAGAUUAAUAAAAUGCGGGAAAAAUGUGAACCAUUGGCUCCUAAGCCUAUUUUGUUUCAUAGAUCACUUUCAAAAUUCGGAUCCGAUGGAUCCCCACAUAUUCCUGCAAAAUUUCAAGCACAGACACAAUGAGUCAUAUAAAUUUGCACGUCUGAACAAGCGUUGUCGAAGGGACUGCGGCCGGAGCGGCAACAGCAAGUCUUCUCGGGUUGUACUGGAUAUAUAAUAUGCAAGUUUACAAGUAACAGUCGCUGAUAGGAGAAGUCAACAUUUUAGUUCUUCACUAUCGGAACCAAAUGAAUUUUGUAUAGACUCCCACAUACGAUUGUGGACCCCCAUUUUGUGUCACGCUCAAAAUAGACCCCCGUCGCGUCUCCAGUAGAUCUCUAGAGGUCUACCUGGACCACUUUGGGAAUAACGGAUUUAAACAACCAUCAAUCUUUUCAACAACCUCCAGUUUCUCAUAACGAUUUUAGCGAAAAAUAAGUUCUCCUAAAUACUUUCAUAUUGGCUUUAAUUCUAAUGAUAUAUUGAUAUAUUUCCCAACUUAUAUCGAUAAGUGCUGACAUCUAUAGGCUCAGCAACACUUAUAGUUGAUUAAUUUGAUAUCCACUUUGUUAAACCUCUACUCUAGGCUGAGACACAUUCACUAAAUACAUUUUUAAAUUAAUUAAAUGCCCACAUUGUGGAAAAAAAUAACAUAAAGUGAAAUUUUAUAAAAAAAAUCAUCCUUAUUAUUUGUAUAAAAAAUUUAGCUCGUUCCAAUCAUCCCUUACUUACGACCACGUCAAUAUUUGUAAAGUGGAAACUCCAGCAAGUAUUAAACCGUUCAUCAUUAUAUUCAUGAUCCGGUUGAAUGUAUGAUAUCGUAGGUUCGUGGAGUAUAAUUGGAUUAAAAAUAUGCCAAUUAACCAUUUUAUCGGAGUUGAAGUUCAGCCCAUCCUUGGGGUAGAUAUUUUCAAUUGAUACUUCAUUUGCGUUAAUUUGAAUUGUUGAAAGUUCACAUAAUACCAUUCAAGGAUCAUAAUCAUCCCAUGAGGUCGACAAAAUAAAUGGAAUUUGUGAGAGCUUCGUGAUCCGAGUAUUGUUAACUAAUCUAAUCAUUUUUGAAUGUUGGUGAGAUCAGAAUUGAAUUGAAAAUAAAUC